UUGCUUUAAUUGCUUUUUAGGAGAUAUAUUGAAUGGUAUAAUUACUAUCCGAAUACUACUUGCUUUAGUUCCUAGUCGUCGGGUCGUCAACAAGGCUUUUUAGUUCCUGAGUUGCAGUAGUUGUUGGAUCAUCGAUCUUUGUAGCUAGAAUCACUGGACGGAUCGCAUGUCGAUUUUUUGUGAUCUGUUACGAUGUCUUCUUUGCUGUGAUGAUGAGCAUGAUAAUGCUUAUCAUUCUCUCAGUCAAUUUCCUGCGAAAACCGUUUCCAACAAGCGUGAUUACUAUCAUGAAACUUCCCACAGAAACACUAUGCAACCCUUUAAACCGCCCAUCAACCCAAUAUACUCAUGUCCUAUCUCCCUUUAGUUCAUCUUCAUCGUCUCCCAACCCCAAGCCUGCGUCGUCUUUGUCCAAACUCAAUACAUCUUCAUUAUCCCCUGUUUCACGACAAUCUUGUUCCUUUGAAUCGAAUUCAACAUCCCUUGCAACCCCAACAUCUUCAACUAAGCUGCCCCAAUCCACUUUUGUUCAUUCAUAUAAUUCAUCUGAAUCACCCCUCAACCCCACAACAUCUUCAUUCAAACUGUCGCAAUCUUUCUCUAGUUCUUCAGCUAACCCUCCUAUACCUUCGGCAUCGUCAUCUACGUCUUAUACUAAAACAUCUAAUAUCGUCUCGUCCUCUAAGCCACCUCAGGCUUCAUCUAGACUAAAUUCAUCAUCCCCAAAGCCUCCAACUUCUUCUCCGAAACCACCUUCAUCUUCCUCUACACCAACAGCUUCUUCCAAACCAUCUUUGUCUUCCUCAUUUACUUCAUCGUCCCCUAACCCUCCAACGUCUUCGUUUAAACCUCAGAAAUCUUCUUCUCUGAAUGCAUCAUCUCAGUUUUCUCCUAAAUUAUCUACAUCCGCCUCUAACCCAUCUCCGGCAUCUGCUUCUUCAAUUCAAUGUCCAUCUCCUCUACUGGACGUCCCGUAUCUUCCACUAAGCUCCAUCCAAUGUUUAAGCCAGCUCUAUCUCACGCCUCUUCAGAUGUAUUAGAUCAGAUGGGGAAGAAAAGUUAUGUAUGGGUUGAGAAGGAUUCAUUACCUAUCUUCGCAAUUCCUGACAAUAUAAAAGAUUUGAUCAAAAAUGACAUUGCGCCGAAGGUUCUAAACCAGCCUCUGUCUCCCGCGACUUAUAAGGAUUAUUUCGCUGCUCUCUUAUAUGCUGAAGAGUUCUUCUAUGAGAAAUGGACUCAUUUCGAUUUGGAGAAUGUUACUGUAGAGUUGCAGAGAGCAGCAGUUUAUAAAAAACCAGACAGGGAAGAGAAAACCUUUGUAGCAUUUGAUAUGGCUUCUUUUCCAGAGAAUCCCCCAUUCCUUUUGUCGAGGGACUUGGUCCAUGUACGACCAUCGGGGACAAAUGCCGAGCCAUUUCAGGGCUUUAUAUAUCGCGUCGUCAAGAGCAGUGUUGUUUUAGUAGAAUUUGAAGAUGACUUUUAUGUUCAUCAUUAUUCAACCCGAAAAUAUGACGUCAGCUUCUCAUUCAAUAGAGUCUGUUUGAAAAGAGCUCAUCAAGCUGUACAAAAUGCAUCUGAUGCUUUGUUUAGGAACUUCCUCUUUCCUGAGUCUGUUUUGCGUACGAACAUUCCCACUGCACCAGCGCUGCUGUGCACUGGUCAUAAACUUGAUCUCAAUCAAUUAUCUGCAGUCGUCAUAUUUUAAGCAUUCGUGGCUCACCACCUUACCUAUUGGCUGGCCAGCUCUGUGUUGAAAAGAGCAUCUGUGUUGAAAAGAGCAGUUUUAGGCUAACGAGAACUGGAGUGGUGAUUAGUGAAGCAGUGCACCAGUUAUGCCAAACUUCACACGGAAAUAGGAUCCUUAUAUGUGCUCCUAGUAACCGCUGUUGUGAUCAGCUUAUGAGAAGCUUGUUGAAAUGGAUUCCUGAGUCGGAUAUGUUUCGAGCAAAUGCUGCAUUCCGCGAGAAAGAGGAGGUACCUGAAGACAUCCUCCGGUCAUGCCUUUACAAAGAGACUUACUUCUCUUGUCCUCCGACGGAGGAACUUUGUAAAUUCAGAGUGAUCUCCUCCACUUUCAUGAGUAGCUUUCGGCUGCAUGAUAAAGGUCUAACUGCUGGACAUUUUAGUCAUAUUUUUCUGGUGGAUGCUUCAUCUGCUAUUGAGCCAGAAACAUUGGUGGCCUUGACUAGUUUCGGUGACAAAAAUACUACUGUUAUAGUUACCGGUGAAGCAGGAGACCGUUCACGUUGGGUUCGAGCUGACAUCGCUAGGAAAAAGGGACUGAAGAUUUCAUUCUUUGAAGACUUUCCAAGUUAGGGCGAUAAUGUGUUGAAGCCUCAGUUCAAUGCUCAUCACACAAUUGGAGCAUUUUCGAGAGUAAGACUCACUGAACACCUACAGGCUACUUUCUGAGUUUUUUCGUCCGUCGCCAUCGAAUAUGUACGCGUAUUUUAUAUUAUUCAAAUGUGUGUGUGUGUGUGUGUAUCAUCGUACUUACGCUCAUCUAGAUGUUCUGCGUAUGAUUUCUUGUGCAUUAAGCUUACAACAA